CUCUCCUGAUUUGACAGCCCUUCCUGUCAAAUCCCUCUCUUGGUUGUUCACUCCUGGUCUCCUGUAUCGAAUCCCCCCUCCCUCCCACCUCCACUCAAUCGACUGCUCUGACACAAUGGCUUCCUCGACGACUGAGCCGCUGUCCGCUGCCCAGAAGCUCCAGCAGGAGCAUGCCCAGGCCGCAGAGGACCAUCAUGUCACUGUUGAAGAUGUUAUUGAUGAGGAUCUGAAGCCUCAUACCGGCUCUGCUGAAGCCCCCGUUCUCUCUGAGAAGGCAGCCGGAAAGCAAAAGGAGGCUGCCCCUGCUGCUGCUACCGCCCCCAAGGCCAAAGCCCCGGCUCUGGACACCCAGUCUCGCGAGCUGUUUCCUGAACUCGGUGGUCCCAAGGCGCAGGCUCCCAAGACUGUGCCCAUGGGAACCUGGAACGUUCUUGCGGAUAGGACCAACGGUAAUGGCACAGCCCCCGUCAAUGGCUCCCAGCGGGCUGCCACCCCCAACUCUGGCACCGCGACUCCCACCGGAAAGUCCAAGGCUCCCUCGGUCACCCUUCCCGGCAGACACAUCGAGUCUAUCGUUCUCGAACCCCAGCACAUGAAGACUCGUGAUCAGCUGAGGCGCCCCUUGGCACAGAUCAUCCAGGACAUCAACCGAUCCUCUCGUGCCCAGGUCAAGGCCGUUGCCGGAGGUGCUGGUGGCCAGAAGUUCGAGGCUGCUGGCCCCCAGGAGGCGGCCCAGCAGGCACUCAAGGAACUUGUCAAGCAGAUCGGCUCUACUCAAACCAUCCAAGUCCCCAUCCCCCAGUCCGCUCGAGCCCACAUCAUCGGACGACAAGGCGCCAACAUCAAGUCUCUCCAGGAGAAGACAGGCGCACGGAUCGAGGUCCCCAAGGAUGACAAGAAGCCGUCUGCUGCCAGUCCGGUCGAUGAUCUCGAUGACGAAUACAUCAACGUCAAGAUCGAGGGCAAUUCCAUCUCGGCUGCCCAGGCCCGCGAGCAGAUUCUCAAGAUUAUUGGCGAACGGGCUGCGAAGGUCAACACGAGGGUCAGGGAUAUUCCUCCUGAGUUCUACCCCUUCAUUGCCAACACCACUGGCGAUGCCAGCCCGGCUCAGAUGCGCGUUCCACCUCAUGCCACGUGGUCUUCCGAGGUCACCACGCCCGUCCCUGCACCUGGCCAGCGCCCUGCCUUCCGUGCCGCCCAGGACCACCAUAUCCAGUUGGAAGGCGAGCGCGAGGCCGUUCUUGCUCUGAAGCAGGAGAUCGAGCGCCGCGCUGCAGAGCUCCGCGAACAGCUGUUCCUGCAGCAGCUUGAGAUCCAGCGCGGCCGCCACCAAUUUAUCAUUGGGCACUCAGGAUUGUCACCCGAGGAGUUCUUCAACGAGACCGGCUGUGCAAUCAUCCUGCCGACAGAUGAAGAAGAUGACGCCAUCACCAUUGUCGGACCCGAGGAUCGCAUCAGUGCUGCUCUUGAGAAGGCAGAGACGCUGGCUCAGAGCAUGAACAUGAACAAUGUGGACCAUCUCAAGUGGACCAACAAGCAGGCCCCCGGCAGGGGUGCGGUUCACUCCAAGAACGUUACACGCUACCUGCGCCACCGCAAUGAGAUCGAUCGCCUGGAGAAGCAAUACCGCGCUCACAUCAACACGCCGUUCUCCCAGGAUGGUGCUCUCCCUUGGGAGCUCUUCCUGCCGCAGGGCCAAUCCACCGCCGCCGCGACCUCGGACAUCCGCAGCAUCUUCGAGAGUCACCCGCCUUCCAGGAUGAGAACUGUCGAUGUGGACCCGUUCUUCCAUCCUUAUAUGCAGAAUGAGGUCAGCCGGCACGUUCGCGACAACUAUGGUGUUCAGCUGGUGGUCCCCGCGGUGUCCGAAACCGGCGCACCCGUCCUGCUUGUCUACGAAGCCCCCGGCACGGCCGGAAGCCCCUACGAGAUCCCACGUGCUGCCCCGUCGCAGAGUGACGUGAAGGCAUUCGAGGAGGGUCUCCGUGCUGCCGAGAAACACAUCAGAGAUAUCCUGGAACAGCAAGACAGUAUCACUGUUGUCAACGUCGAGGUCCCUGUCAAGUUCCACGACAGGCUCCGGAGGUUUAUCCAGAAGGAGCAAGACAAGCGCGGUCCCAACCAGAUCCGGAUCCGCGUGUCGAACACCGGUUCCACCGUGACGCUGCGCGGGCCAGAGACAGCUACACAGCGUCUGGCGGAGCAGGUGAAAGCCUUCGUGGAGCAGGAGAAGGCGGACGAGAAGGAACGCGACUUCACUCUGGAGUUUGACUUCCCGCAGCAGUAUGCCAAUCAUCUCAUCGGCAAGCAGGGCAGCAGGAUCAAGGAUCUCCGCGACAAGUUCGAUGUCGACAUCCAGGUCGAGAACGGCAAAGUCCAGCUCAAGGGCCCCAAGGCCAAGGCCUCAGCCGCACGGUCGCACAUUGAGUCGCUUGGCAAGGAGCUUGCCGACGAGACCACCAAGACGCUGACGGUGGAGCCCAAGUUCCACCGCGACCUGAUUGGACCCGAAGGCAAGACCGUCAACAGGCUCCAGAACCGGUACAAUGUCAUGAUCUUCUUCCCACGUGCUGAGAAGAACGGGAAGGACGAUGACAACAGUGCCGAAGUCGCUGGUGAGGCCGCCAAGCCCCGUCGCCAGCAAGCUCCCGAUCAGAUCAUCAUUCGCGGCCCAAGCAAGGGCGUCAGCUCUUCUUACGAUGAGUUGAAGCAGCUCUACGACUGGGUGAAGGAGCAGUCCUUUACCGGAACUGUCGUCGUCCAGCGCAAGCAGCUUCCGUCCUUGAUUGGACAAGGCGGUGCUGCCAUGGAGGCCCUGCGCCAACAGACCGAGACGAGGAUUGACGUUCCCAACGAUAGGGACUCAGACGAACCCCUCGUCGAGCUCACAAUCAAGGGCAAGAAGGCAAACGUAGAGAAGGCUAAGAAGAUUUUGGAAGAAAAGAAGGCCGCCUUUGAUGAUACCGUGUCAAAGACUAUUGAUGUGGAGAGGAAGUACCACAGAGCACUGAUUGGUGCCGGAGGUGCUCACCUCCGUGAAAUGGUCACCAAGGCCGGUGGAUCCGACGACGCCAGAGAGCGUGCUCGUCUUAUUCAGUUUCCGAAGCAGGAGGCUGAUGGCAACACCAUCACCCUGGAGGGCCGCUCAGCGGUUGUUGACAACCUGAUCAAGCAAAUUGAGGACUUUGUGUCCGUCAGGGACAGCCAGGUUACGACCACGGUCGAUGUCGCUACCGAGAAGCAUAGGUCUCUGAUCGGUCGCGGCGGAGAUACCAAGAAGCGGCUGGAGGAACAGUUCAGUGUCACGAUUGACAUUCCUCGGCAGGGCAGCACAGACACGGCAGUCAAGAUCACCGGCCAGGAGGCGGCUGUUGAGAAGGCCAAGGAGCAUAUCGCCAACUUGACGAAGGACAAGCCGGUAGAGACGGUUCAGGUCCCGCGAAACCUGCACCAGGCCAUCUCCAACAAUGGCCAAUUCUUCCGCAAGCUGAGGAGUGAUUACCACGUCACUGUUGACCACGCCGGUCAGACCCCACCACCAAAGACCACUGCUGCACCCCGGGGCAACGGUAGCGCGCUUCCUCUCAUCACUGAUGAAGCCGACGAAGACGCCCACACCUGGAACGUUGUCGAGAGCGUCUCCAAUGACGAGGGCGAGAUCCCUUGGGUUCUGAAGGGAUCCUCAGAGGAUAUUGAGAAGGCCAAGAACGCCAUCACCACAGCGCUGAACCAGGCCAAGGACAAUGUCACCGGGUACCUGGUCCUGCCAGACCCAAAGACCUACCGUCACGUGAUUGGUCAGGGCGGAAGCAAGGUGAACUCGAUCCGUAAACAGAGCGGGUGCAAGAUCAAUGUGCCUCGUGAUAACGGGGAGGCCAUCGAGGUCAUCGGCACCAAGGAUGGUGUCGAAAAGGCCAAGGAUCUCAUCCUUGCUGCUGUGCGUGACGGGCAGAACGGGUCCAGGGCGAGGGACUAGAGCAAUACUGCUUCUGCUGCCGUCAGUCCCGACCCCGAUGAGCAGCAAGAUAACUGGUGGUGAGAGGAAUAUUGGUAUGAGGUUUUGCUCUUUUAUUUUUUUUGGUCUCUUUUUUUAUCUUUUCCCUUCUUGCUUUUCUACAUUAUUUCUUUUUGGAAUGGUCAGGCCGGUUGGGAAAAGUCCUAUGAUCGUGGCCCAGAAUAUGGGACCUCAACGAAGUUCGCAAGCAUUGCAUUCAGUUAAAUAGCAGGUAGUAUCAAAAAUCGCAGGCAUCCCAAUUACAACUUGGCUUUGUGUAAAAAAAGACAAUUGCUUCUGAAUUUCGUUAUGCUCGUUGUUUGUAGGAUUGAGGGAAUGGCUCUUUGUUACUUCAAUGCUGAUGCAUGAGAUCCAGGAAUUCCUUGGUUCCGCAUGGUCAACGAGCCGGUAGGUCCUCAAU